AAGACACAUGACCCACACAGUCGGAAAUGGCCGACUGCAUGGAUAAGGGAAGUCUGACAGGUGGGCAGGACUGUAUUCUGGAGCCACUGUGUUUUCCUGAGCAGCAGAAUGCCUAUGCCAGCCUGGCACAUGCCCAGGGCGGCUUCCUGGUGCCCUGCCUGCUGUGUCCAGACACGACCUCACUCACCGACAGGGACCAGCUCCUCAGGCACCUGCUUCUGCAGCAUAAACUGGUCAUUGCUGAUGUCAAACUGGUUGCCGACUUCCCACGGUAUAUGAUGUACUGGAAGAGACGCUUCAUAGAACAACCAAUCACAGACUUCUGCAGUGUAAUCAAGACAAACUCAGAGGGUCCUGUCGAGGAACAGGAUCAUUUCUUCCUGCUGUGCGAUGCCUUGCCAGAGGACAGGGUUCUACGGGAGCAGCUCCAACAGAAGAGACUGGAGGAGGUCCUUGAACAGCAGCAGAAAGAGAGAGAUGACUGCAGUUUCCAGCAUACCUGCAUGUUCUGUCAUGAGCAAUACAGGGGAAACAGGUCGUCACUGCUGAACCACAUGGCCAAAGAGCACUCCUUCAGCGUCGGUCACCCAGACAACAUCGUCUUCUGCUCAGAAUUCCUUGACAUUCUGGAGAGAAAACUGGACCAAAUGCAGUGUCUGUACUGUGAGAAAACCUUCAGAGACAAGACCACCCUGAAGGAUCACAUGAGAAAGAAACAACACCGGAGGAUCAAUGCUAAUAACCAUGAUUAUGACCGCUUCUAUGUCAUCAACUACUUGGAGCUGGGGAAAACCUGGGAGCAGGUCCAGUCUGAGGAUGACCGGGAACUGGGCCAGGAUGAGGAUGACGAUUGGUCAGACUGGCAGGCACAUCCUGUGUGUGCUGUGUGUUUGUUUUGUGAACAGCACGCAGAGACAAUGGAAAAAAUCUACAUACACAUGCAGGAGGCUCAUGGAUUUGAUUUGCACAAACUAAAGACGGAUCUGAACCUUAAGUUUUACCAGCAAGUCAAACUGGUCAAUUACAUACGGCGUGAGAUCCACCAGUGCCGUUGCUUUGGCUGCCAGCAGAAGUUUGGGAGUAAAGCAGAGGUGGUUUACCAUCUAACAGACACAGGACACAUGAUGGAACCUCCAGCAACGUCGGUGUGGGACCAGCCAGAGUACUAUUUUCCGACGUAUGAGAAUGACGCCCUGCUGACAGCGUUGUCAGACAGUGAGAGUGACUCAGAGGGGAUUGUUGGUAGCGGGGAUGUUCCAGUCAUUGCUGAGGACAUGUCAAACCUGCGAGCCCUUAAGCAGAACAGCGUUCUGAGCCACCUCUGUAAAGACAGGACCAGCUCCACGUAAAGCAGUGCAACCAUCCAUCCAUCUAGACCCAAAACUCGUUUCUUUAACUAAGUUAUAUUUGCGGCACAGGUAUUGGUGCAGGCUGUUCAGUGUGUGCUCUCCCAGGUCUCACAGAUUUGAGAGUACAGAAAUACUCUCCACUUUUGAUGUUUGUGCUGUUUAUGUCUGACAAUUGGCAACCAGUCAUUAAAAUGUUUCCUGUUCAAAAAAAAUUUGUUGUAAAAUGUGGAAAUAUGGUACUGAGUAAUUUAAAUUCAGAGAUAACACCAUAUUUUUGAAACCAUUGUGUUGUGACAGAUGCCCUGAAAUAAAUAA